CACUUUUGCCGCGCCAACGCCACAUUGAUAAUUUCUGCGCGUUUCCCAUCUUCAUCGUGCCAUCUUGCCUCUUGCAUCAUCGUGCCAUCUUGCCCCUCUGCGCGGUGUCACAGGGUAGAGCACACUCGCGCAGGCCGACGAUUCUGACUGUCCUGGAAUGAAAUAUAUCUCUCUUUCCUGGUUGUAAGGUUUCGUUUUAGACGGCAGCCCUGCAGCAAAAGCACGCGAACUGCGCCCGUCCUAUCAUUUGUUUGUUAUCUUUCUUCUUUUUUUUUUUUCAGAAUAGCGCGCAACUUCGUUCGGAACCAAGCCCUGCCUCUGCUAACCUGGAAGUGAGUCUGUCCCCUUGUACUGGGUGUGAACCAUGCUUCGGCAACAACAAGAACAACAACAACAACAACAACAACAAGUUCUGCGACCAGAAAGAAGAAGAAGAAAUUGGAACCGACGCGCCACCGUAUUGACCUGACAAUGUCGGACGACGAGGAGGACCCGCUGAAGGUGAUCACCAGCGACCCGGUGUUGCGGCGCCAGUUCUUCCGGUCGCCGCGGCGACAGGCCCGAGAGCGAGGGGCCUCGGACGACCGGCCGCCCCGCGGUGGUCCGUUCGAGAACUCCAUCAUCGACGAUGACAAAGAGGAGUACAUAGCCAUGGCCGUGUGGAUCGCCUUAGCUCUGUUCGCCGUCGCCAUCUCAGUCGUGGUGGCCCGCGGUCCCCACCUAGACGUCGGGACCCGGGUCCUCCGUCGCGACUCCGGGUACUCGAGGGUGCCGCCGCUGCCCUGGCGCCCGGGGAGCCAGCGCAGCAACGCGUCCCAACUUCGGAGUCGGAGCUCCGAAUCGGCCGAACAGAUGGAGCGAACACGAGGAAACAAGGCCGGCGCUGCGGGUCUCGGACCCAGGGCCGCGAACGCCAGCGUCAACACCGACGAGAUUACGACGACGAUGACCACGGGAGACGAGACAGCGAUCUCCAAACCGACCAAAGCGGACCAGUCGUCGUCGUCGACGACAAGAUUGCGCGAGAAGACAACGGAAGAGGACGGCGGGAGAGCGUCGGAACAGCAGAUAAUCCUGUGGUGAAUCGGACAACUGGGAUGCGUGGGGAGUCCCUCUUUGUGGCGAACAACUUCACGGAGUCGAACGGAGGAUGCCAUUCGCGGGACCCGCGGCCUAAAGCAGAGAAGCACUUCUGUUCAACCAAAUAGUUGAUUGUGAGCAUUCUGUACUUUAAGGACAGCUUUCUUAAAUGUAAUAACGAGGACUAUGCCAAGUGAGGCGGUUGAAGUGGCACAAGAAGAUGGAGCUGUUGAGUGAAAAGAGCAGUUCGAACGUAGGCGGAAAUGCCGCCUUCGACAUCUAACCGCGAUAUUAAACCCCCAAUACUUAAAUACUAUUUCAAGUAAAAAAAUAUACAUAUCUAUAACGACUUGCUCACCUCCAUAUUUGAUAUCAGAACUACAUCCGUACAAAAAAUAAGCA